UCACUCAUUCAUUCAUCUGAAUUGAAAAAUGUAUUCCAGAGCUGCACCACCACUCAGGCUCGUGUUAGCAAUAACAUUGGUGCUGGUUAUGCAUGCAAUGGGGGAGUCAGCUCAAGAGAAACAGAAAUGUGCAGAAUCACUGACAGGGAUGGCAACGUGUCUGCCAUAUUUGGGUGGUGAGGCAAAAGCACCAACAGCAGAUUGUUGCAGUGGUCUCACACAAGGCUUGAAGAGCAACAAGAAGUGCCUCUGUGUUAUUCUCAAAGACAGGGAUGAUCCUGACCUUGGCUUGAAGAUUAACACUACAAUUGCUGUUGGUCUCCCUUCUCUUUGCAAAGCACCUGAUAAUAUCUCACAGUGUCCUGCACUUCUGCACUUGGAUCCUAAAUCACGUGAAGCCCAAGCUUUUAAUCAAAAGGGUCAGAACUCCAAUGGUGACUCUGCCCAUCCUUCUCCCAGUUCCUCUGCUAGAGCGAGUUCUGAAAAUGAUAGAAACCAGGGGACUCAUGAAACGGACACAGCAAAGAAUGGUGCAUCUUAUAAGGGAAAGAGAUUGUUAGAAAGAUUUAUUGCAAUUGCAGUUGCAGGGCUUGUAAUUUGGCUUUCUUGAGCUCCGUCAGAUACUACCAAAUAGGUGUCUAUGAAAAUAUUGAAGAUUGUUAAA